AUGGAGACAGCACAGGCAGCACCCCACUCUGGAAAUGUGGACAAGUGUCAGAAGGCUUUAGACCAGAUCAUAGAGCUUUCUAAACUGUCAGAUCAUGAAGCUGGCAUCCUCCUGACUUCUUACGUAAGUAACAAGAUGGAAUGGAGGGGGUUCGGUCAAUAUCUUUGCCUGAGACUUGAUAAAUUACAUUAGCUCCCCAGGUUAAUGACUGGGCUUUAGCUCUGUGGGCUAACCAAGUAUUGAGGCCUGCAGGGAACUGGGAGUUACCGUGACAAACCGUAGUGAUGGCCUCUUCUGGCAAAUGAAUUUCCCAAAUUCCCCAUGAUUAGAAAGUGAUGACUUAACCAUAUGAGAUCACGUGGGUUUUCUCAGAACCGUCGGUCACCGUGACAAACAACAAUUACUGUUUGAUGCUCAACUCUGCCAAUAUUCCCCAGAUUUAGUCAGUGACGAAUGUUAACCCACAUGAUAUCAUAUGAUUUUCUCAGAACCGUAUUAUUCAUGGGAAAGUGUAACUACAGUGUAACAACCACAGAUUCAGAUCAUAGGCUAUAACGGUAACUUUUUAUACUGCUCAGCAUAGUUCUGAACUAUACUAGAAAACAGGUCAAUUACACAAUGAGAAUGUCAGUGGACUGAUUUGAAUUCCCCCCCCCCCCCCCCCCUCUUAUGCGUUUCCAGAUUAAAACAAAUGGCUUCCUGACCGACCAGCAGGCCCACAGCAUGGAUGGGGUUCCCUCGGUAACCAUCGCUGGCUCCACCCCUAAGGAGAAGCUUCAGAACAUCUCCAACAAGGCCAUGCUCUUCCACUGGCACAUCAACACGGUAACCAAAUACAUGACUGACCUGUUGGAGGUCUCAGAUAAUGAAACUCAGAUUCUUCUGGGCCUCCUGAGUGAUUCCAGGAACCAUCUCAAGAAACUAUCUGGCCUCGUAGAGGCGCUCCUGCAGAUUUUGGACCCAAACACACCCAGUACUACGUCCACUAAGCCCCAAGACGUGCCCCGUGAUGACUAUGAGAAGAAGAUGUACGGCUGGACUGUGCUAGACCGGCACAAGGACUUUGUUGCCAUGGUGUUACAGGAAGUUGCUGGCUUUAAGGAUAAUACUGUGUUCGAGGGUUAG